GGCAGGAGGCGCACUCAGCGGGCACUCUGCUCUAGCCGUGAUACUGACUGAGAGCUGCUGUCAGCAGCUAGAGGGCGCUGUUCUGCCGUAUGCCACCUGCGCCUCAACUCCCAUAACCAAGGGGACACUCUGGUGACAGGGAGACCACCUACACCCAGCUGUCCCCUGGCUCCUUAAUAACAUUUCCCUAGUGACCUGCUCCUGCUGCACUUUAAAUCUGGAUACAACACCCCAGGAGCAACAGGGCACCUUAUAUCUGCCUCUGAUCACACUUGGAUGUUUUACUAAUUUCCUAUCACUGGACAGUAAGGGAGACUACUGAGGAGCUAUUACAGGCAAUUGUAUUUUACUACUUUUAUUUUCUUCUCCACAUUUUGGAUUCCCCCUAUCAGGAUGACCCCAGAAUACUUCUUGAGGUCUUUGUUGAUGAUGAUUUUAGCUGUCUUCUCUGCUAAUGCUAGCAACUGGCUGUACUUAGCUAAGCUGUCAUCAGUCGGAAGCAUUUCAGAAGAAGAGACUUGUGAGAAAUUGAAAGGGUUAAUUCAGCGUCAGGUACAAAUGUGCAAAAGGAAUCUUGAAGUUAUGGAUUCCGUUCGGCGUGGAGCGCAGCUGGCCAUAGAAGAAUGUCAGUACCAAUUUAGGAACCGACGAUGGAAUUGCUCAACUUUGGACACACUACCUGUCUUUGGAAAAGUGGUGACUCAAGGAACUAGAGAGGCUGCUUUUGUGUAUGCAAUUUCUUCAGCGGGAGUGGCGUUUGCAGUGACCCGGGCGUGUAGCAGUGGCGACCUAGACAAAUGCGGCUGUGACAGGACAGUGCAUGGGGUCAGCCCACAAGGUUUCCAGUGGUCGGGCUGCUCAGACAACAUUGCGUAUGGUGUAGCAUUCUCACAGUCAUUUGUAGACGUAAGAGAAAGAAGCAAAGGUGCGUCAUCUAGCCGCGCUCUCAUGAAUCUCCAUAACAAUGAGGCAGGACGCAAGGCUAUAUUGAGCAAUAUGCGAGUCGAAUGCAAGUGUCAUGGUGUUUCUGGAUCCUGUGAGGUGAAGACCUGCUGGAAAGCCAUGCCUCCUUUCCGAAAAGUUGGGAAUGUUCUGAAGGAAAAAUUUGAUGGGGCUACAGAAGUAGAGCAGAAAAAGAUCGGUUCCACCAAAGUUUUAGUGCCUAAAAAUUCCCAGUUCAAGCCACAUACAGAUGAAGACCUCGUUUACUUAGAUUCCAGUCCAGAUUUCUGCGAUCACGACGUAAAGAAUGGUGUGCUAGGCACAACUGGACGGCAGUGUAACAAGACUUCAAAAGCUAUUGAUGGCUGUGAGCUUAUGUGUUGUGGACGAGGGUUCCACACAGAAGAAGUGGAAAUAGUAGAGAGGUGCAGCUGCAAAUUCCACUGGUGUUGUUUUGUUAAAUGCAAACAAUGCCAUAAAGUGGUCGAAAUGCACACAUGUCGGUGAUCUAUAUGGAAGGAAUAACUCAUUUCACUGUAAAAGACAAUUUGGAUCUUUCCUCACUACCACUGUCAUUCCUUCCAUCAGGACAGAGGAAGCUCCACAGACUGCAAAAAAUGAUAGAGAGGGACGGAAAGAUUUUUUAAAAAAAUAUUUAAGGUCCCAGGAUAUCAUAAUUGUAUAUUUGUGUCUUUGUUCUUAUUUAUUGCUGAUAAACAAUGGUGAUGUGGGUCAGUACUUCCCAUCUACAUGUGGUGGAAAUUAUUUUUUUGUUGCUGCUUCUACAGGGAUGGGGAAGGAGGAUUGACCCACAAAACUGCUGAAGGAACAAAGCUCCUACAUUAUACAAAAUAUAAAAACAACAACAACAAACAAAGUUAGGCAAGCGGAUUUAGGAUAACCCACUAUCCACCUUGUUAUUCCAGUGACAUUUAACUAACUUCCACCAAAUGACCAAAAGAACUAAUAAAUAACUUCAAUAUAUUUUUAAAUGAAAACAAAAAUUAGUAGCAUAGGUAUUUUAUAUCUAUAUCAAUGUGUAUAAAAAUAUAUAUUCUCAUUUUGUAUUACAAAUAUUUCUGGACAAGGAAGAUUGUUAGGCCAAGUAUAAGGUCUAUGAACAGGUUUUGUGCUAUUUGCUCAUUCCUUGAUGGAAGACAGACGAUGGACAUAGCUGCAUGGUAACAUGAACCAGUCAUUGACCUUUAAGUGUGUUUCCUGCUGAAUCCUGUUGGGUUAUACCAGGCAAAAGAAUUUUGGCACUGGACAACCAGCCGUCUUUGUGCUGAAGUUAAAAUGUUGGAAAGGGUAUAAUUUGUUUCAUGUUGUUUUUUUUUUUUCUCGUAGUAUUGUGUUUAUACUUUUUGGCUGUUCUUUUUUACAGUAAGUCCCCAGGGUCCAAUUCAUGAAAUGAAUGGAAAAAAAAAAAAACUUGAAUAGACAAUUUUCUGGGAAUGAGCCAGGUUGGGUUCUCAGAUGAACAAAUUAAGAUAUAAAAAGAUACUAAUGAGCUCAAAUAUCAGUGCACAUUAACUUAUCCUUUUCUUUUUAAAUGGCACAAGUCCUUAGUCUCAAUCCAUUUCCCCUGCUGUAGAUCACAGGAUUAUGAAAAUUAUAUGAUUUAAUGUCACUUAUAAAACAAAAAAAACUUACAUUUUAAUAUGUCAUAGGUCUGUUUUUCUAUCCCAGGGUGCCGUUAUUAUAGUUUUCACUGCUAUGAUAAGUGAGGAGAGGAAAUAAACCAACAAAUAAAAAACAGAUAAAUAAUUAAAAACUCCCAGUAUUACCACUCACAUUAAGCACAUCCUUAAUAAUGACAUAAUAACAGUGACAGUGUUAGUGUCAAUUGAAUACUACUGACCUUAAAGGGACACUGAACCCACAUUUUUUUCUUUCAUGAUUCAGAUAGAGCAUGCAAUUUUCAGCAACUUUCUAAUUUACUCCUAUUAUUAAAUUUUCUUUGUUCUCUUGCUAUAUUUGAAACAAAAAAAAAGCUUAGAUGCCUUCUUUUUAAAAUAGACACUCUGGAUAGCACUUUUUUAUUGGUGGAUGAAUUUAUCCACCAAUCAGCAAGAACAACCCAGGUUGUUCACCAAAAAUGGGCCGGCAUCUAAACUUACAUUCUUGUAUUUCAAAUUAAGAUACCAAGAGAAUGAAGAAACUUUGAUAAUAGGAGUAAAUUAGAAAGUUGCUUAAAAUGUCAUGCUCUAUCUGAAUCACAAAAGAAAACAUUUGGGUUCAGUGUCCCUUUAAAUAAUUAGGUUCAUGCAAGUGUGUUACUUUUGUACAAUAAAACAUAAGGGGCAAUGCGCUAAUGAGGAAGUGUAGCUAUUUUUUAGUAUAAUCAUAAUUUGUCAUGUGGUGCAGACUUGUCUCUUAGGGCCUGAUAUUCAAAACCUUACACGCUCAGGUGAGAUAAUCUAAGAAAUCUCAUCGGUACGGCAAGGCUUUAAAAAAAAUAUUUAGAAACACAAAUUUUCUCUUGAGAAAUGAUUAUGUUGCUAUGUAGUGUUAUUUAUGUGAAACAGAGACUCCAACGUUACAAUACAAGAUUUUGCGUGAUUUCUCUCCAUGCUGGCGUGGUUUUGAAUAUCAGGCCCUUUCUAUGAAGCAUCUUGUGCAUCAAAAUGUCACCAUGAGCUUCAUUGCCAGCUGGCUAGUUUAUCUUAUCUCGUGCAAAACGGUUGCCGUGUUCUGUGCGUCACCCAGAAAAGUAGUUUAAUAAAUGCCUAUAUCUGAAACGUGAAAAAUAACGGCAACUUUACACUUCCUUACUAAAUUGCCCCUACAGUUAAAAUGAUUCAAGCUCUAUCCAGAAUAACACACAAUUGUUUUUGACUUUGGUUUGCUAAGUAACAUGUACCCCUAUCCAAACCCCUAUCCAAACCCCCCCCCCCCCCAGAAACGCUUAUCUCCUAUUGGACAGAGCUCAGUAGCUUGACCAAUAAAAUGGUGCAUACCCAGGGUGAAGUCUCUUUUAGCCCAAUCUCAAGAAUGCAUUGGUUUUGGCUUUUUCGUUUUUUGAUGUCCAGCAAUCUUUUCUGAUUUAAUUUUACAUUUCAACCCAGCCAUAUUAAAUUAAGACUUUUGUAAUGAAGUCCAUAUUUAUCCAUACCCAGAAAGUAGCCGAUUGUUAGCAUAACACUAAAUAAAUCAUAUAAAUACCUACUGCAUAGGUAAAAAAACAAACAAAUCCCAUGUAGAUGCAUUUAUCAAAACAUUAUGAACCACUAAGUAAUUGAUUAAAUAUAAUAUUUACAAAGCCAUAUCUAUUUGAAAUACUAAUAUAUGACUUUGGAAAUAAUGUGUUUGAUCAGUCAUAAGUCCACAUGACCAAUCAUAUGGGCCCCGGCUGUGAAAGCAGCUUUGGGUCCACAGCAUUUCUGCUGCUUAACCUGUUUCGCCACCUAAAAGGAAUGAAAUCGUCCUGAGCCGAUCUGAUCAGGAUGAUUGACAGCCUCUGCUAGCAGCCGAUUGGACGUCAGCGAGCAGGGGGGCGGUAUUGCACAAAUAUUGUUAGUGCAAUGCUUAUGCAAUGUUAAAUGCGGACAGCACAUAUGAAUCAUGCCUGUCCGACUCCGACCUAUGGUACACGGAGCUCUAUGUGUAGACUUAUGAUGAAGUCUAUGAAAAUUUACAUUUGAAUAUUAAUAUUUAGAUAUUCAAUUUGAUAUUUAAAUGUAUUAUUCUGUAAUGGGAAAGUUAACAUUUGUUUGCCAAAAAAAAUGGAAUGCCCUAUGUUUAUCAAACAUGUUAUAUUUAGAACAGAUUUAUUAUUUUUAUCACAUGUGCCUAAACACAGUUAUAUGAUAGCAAUAAUAACAUUCACAUUAGAGUAUUUGCUUUUUGCAUUUUUAUGUCCCUUUAAAUAUCCCAUUUGCUUACGUUUUAUAAUAUUAAAGGGACAUGAAUACCAUUUUUUUUUUCUUUUAUCAGUCAGGUAAAUCGGACAAUUAAAAAAAGUUUAAAUUUACAUUUCUAUCAAACUUGCUUCAAAUAAUAUUCUUUGUUCAAGAGCAUACCUAAAUAGGUAGCAUGCACUUGUUUAGAGGACUAUAUAGCAGCACUUUGUGCAAACAUUGCUGCCAUCUAGUGGUCUUGCAAAUGUAUAAUAUUGUUAAAAGCAUUUUUCCAAAGCUGUUGCUAUAUAGUGCUCCAAAUUACCUACAUGCUUUUCAACAAAGAAUACAAAGAGAACUAAGGAAAUUUGAUAAUAGAAAUAAACUGGAAAGUUUUCAUAAAAUACUGAAUUUAAAAAUUUGAAUCACAAAAUAAAAAUGUACCCAAUUCACUCUGUGUGACACAGUAUGUACUGAGUGAUGUAUAUAGUAAUCACCUUUGGGUUUCCCUGGCAUGUUGCUUGCUAUGGAAUUCUCAAGAAUGACAUAAUUCUUAAUAAACCCUGGAGAACGUU